AGUCGUUGAUGAGUCGAUUUCGAAGCUGUCUGUUAUUAUUAUUUUUUGUUUCAUUUUUUUAUUUUCGGUUGUUCAAGAAUGAAACGAAGUUAUCAAACAUUUUUUGAAAACGAUAAUAAUCAUGAUGUUGAUGAUGAUGAUGUUGAUGAUGAUUCGGAAAUUCAAUCAGAUCAAAAAAUCACACAGGUGAUUGGUCAAAUUUGUUCGAAUUUCGAAAACGAUUCAAUCUACAAACGAAAAUGUAAUUGUGAUCCAUAUCGUUCAUUCAUUCGUGCCGGUCCAUUUGUUCUUGGCUGUCAAUUGACCGAUGUUCCUCAAUUAUCCGGUAUUGAUAAUUAUAUUGCAAGAAAAAUGGAUGAUAUUAAUCCGAAUAGAUAUUAUCUGUUGAAAAUUGUUGUACUGCCUAAAGAUCGUAUGGAUGAAAAUCAAAGUCAACGUCAAGCUAAAAUGAUGAUUUAUAAUGAAUAUUCGGUUUUAUCAUUGCUCAAAAAUCAUCCUGGUAUCAUUCAGAUACGUGGUUUAUAUUCAGAUAUUUAUUUUGAAAAUGAUUGCGAUAAUAAACAAUGUGAUGUUGAUGUAUGUGAACAAUGUAUGAAAAUUGUACAAUUGACAACCGAAACUGAUAUCAAUGAUGAUGAAAUAAAUGUUUCAAAACAUUCAAAUAAUGUUGAUCAUCAUCAUUAUCUGGAUUGUAAAUAUCUGAAUAAGAUUGGAAAAUUUUAUCGACGUUUAAUUUUAGCAUUUGAUUGUCAUGUAUCGCAUAUAUUUUCUUUGAUUGUACCGAUAAUUCCACAUCUUUCGAAUAAUCGAUAUAAUCGUUUUCGAUGUGAAUAUGAAAAUCUACAAGAAUAUGUAAAACGUUAUAAAAAUGUCAACGAAAUGAAAGCAUUACAGAUUUUAUUCGAAGUUGUUAAAGUAAUAAAAUCAUUACAUGAAAAAAAUAUUGCACAUCGUGAUUUACGUUUGGAAAACAUUCUUUAUAAUCAUCGUAAUGGAAAAAUUUUAAUCAUAAAUUUUGGUCUUGCACGUUUUGUAAUAAAUGAUACAACCUGUAUUAAUGAUCAUCGUGGUUCAUCGGCUUACAUUAGUCCGGAUGUUUUAAAACGACGACCAUAUGCACCGAAACCAUCCGAUUGUUGGGCAUUAGGUGUCAUUUUUUAUUCAAUGUUAUUGGGCAAAUUUCCUUUUUAUGCCGAAACAUUUAAUGAAUUAUUUAAAAAAAUCAACAUUGGCCAUUAUGAUCUUCCAACAAUAAAUCUUUUUACAUCAGAAACGAUGAAAAUUAUGCGUUCAUUGAUCGAAAUCGAUUCGGAUAAACGAAUUAAUAUUAAUGAACUAUAUGAUCGAUUGAAACAAAUUCUCGAUACAAGAUUAAGAGAAAAUUUAUUUAAAGAAAUGCAAACAUUAAUUAAACAGAAAAAAUGUAAUAAUGAUGAUUUACAAGUUGUUCCAGAUGUUUGCCCUCAGUCAUCGAUUGUUGAUCGACCAAAAAGUCGAUUAAAUAUUGAACAUGAUCAUAAUUAUGUUCAAAUAAAAUCAUAUAAAUCACCCGAAAUAGAUUCUAGUGAUAAUGAAUCCAUAAAUAAAUUUGAACAAUAUUUUCAAUCAAAUUUGUGUAUGACAACACCACCACAAAUGCCUAUACCAUUUUUAAAAUUACGUGAACGAUUCUGUUAUGAUUCUGGUGAUAAUUAUUGUGGAACAAAAUUUGCUCAUCAUCAUGGUUCACCAUUUUUGGAAGAAAUGGCUCGACAUUAUUGCUACCAACAACAACAACAGCAACAAAAAUCCGGACAAUCAAUAUUAAAUGAUUUCGAACGAAUGGAAAUACAAUUCAAUUCGAAUCCGGUUCAUUUAGAAUUUUCAAAUCAAUCAACAAUAUUGAAUGGAAAUGGUUCCACUUAUGAUGUAAUAAAAGUUGAUUCCGAUGUACGACCAUUAAAUGAUCAAGAAUAUACAAUAAUUAAUCAACAAUUAUUAAGAUUAUAUGCACCAUUUUCAUCCAAAUAAUUCAUGUGAUAUUUUAUAUAUACAAGUAAUAUAUUUUGUUUCUAAAAUUUCA